AUGCUAUUCCAGGGGAAUGUUGGUUACCACUCUUCCAGUGUGUACUCCUGGAGUUGCUUAUGCCACAGCUUAUACAGACUGGGUGGGAUGGUGGAUUUGCAGGUUGGGGAAGGUGUGUUCUCGAAUGUCAAUUACACAUUUGCAGGGGCUAUUGCAGGGGCCGAGGCCUUGCCAGUCAUAUAUCUGUCAUAUGACUUGGCAUGCAUGUGGUCUCCUAAGUGGAAAGAAAGGAUGAAAUUGCAUUUUCCUCACCUGGUGCUGCUCUGGGAUCAUAUCAUGUUUGUCAUGCCCAAAAUGCAUGAAUAUGCUCAUUGCAAGCAGUGUCAUUAUCACUUCUCUCUCUUGUUCAAACUGGGAGCUGCUGGGGUGGAUGGUGAGGGAGUUGAGAGAACUUGGGUGGAGCAUAACCAACUUGGGGGCAGCACCAAGGAAAUGAAUCCUGGUCAUUGUCUGGACUGCUUGGAAGUGCACUUUGUCAACUGGAAUUGGAAGAAACAGCGAGAUAUGAGUGAGUAA